AUGCCUGUACCUGUACUGAUCCCUUCCCAGCCUGGCUACCUUGACUGCCUCCAUGAUCUAGUACACUCGUCCGAGUGUCUAGAUGCCAAAGGAUAUAUCCUCUCUACCUUAUCUGAGGCAGAAUUAGGCGAGAAACGGCGGUGUGCCCGAUGCCACUUAGCCAAAGUUAAAAAGAGAGGUCGACGGAGCUCAGCCCAAAAAGAAGUUUCUGGCAAUACAAAUUUGGAAGAUGCGUCAACAAGCGACAUACGCGAUGUUGACACCCUGGGUCUUGAACAGCUCAAGUUGAAAGAGACACUCCAACAGCAAUCUCGAUGCAGAUUCCAUGACGGUACAGUAGUUGACAAGAGAUGGACCUGCUGUAAUGAACGCACAACAGCGCCCCCUUGUAGGCAAGAGGUCGCCCACCAGAGUCGGAUUUAUGCUCCGAAUGAGCUAUCGACUCUUUGGCAGUUUUACGAAACGCCUUCAUCAAGUACCGACAACUGCUGCAAAGUUGUAGUAAUCGAUUGCGAAAUGGGAACCGCUGCAUCAGGAGAUUCGGAGCUGAUACGGGUGACUCUUCUCGAGUAUUUUUCUGGCAGGAUCUUGAUCGACAAGCUAGUGUGGCCAGAUGUGGCAAUGAGCCACUUAAAUACUAGAUUUUCGGGAGUAACUUGGAAGGCUCUGAAUGCUGCGCGAAGGCAAAAGACAUGCAUUUUUGGCAAAAGAAAGGCCAGAGCCAUUAUUUGGGGAUUUGUGUGUCCUGACACGAUUGUUGUUGGGCACUCAACAAACUCAGAUCUAAACGCUCUACGAUGGAUUCAUCAUCGGGUCAUAGACACCCAAAUCAUUGAGGGUAACUCUAGCGACAAAACCGCUGGUCUUUCUCUCAAGAGUCUCUCUGAGAAGCGCUUACAGAGAACUAUCCAAGUCAAGGGAAAGGGCCACGACAGCUUGGAAGAUGCACUGGCUACACGAGACUUGCUUCAUUGGAAUGUUGCCAGAACCAUUAAUGACAGUGCAAGUGCCUAG